CCCCGGAACACCCAAUGGGCGCGGAGCCCUCCCGCGGGGCGGGCUGAGGCGGCGGGGCCGGAGCGGGGCCGGGGCGAUGCUGCUGCGCCUGGUGCCCGAGUUCGAGCUGCGGAGGGACGUGGUGCCCUGGCUGGCGGCGCAGGGCUGGGCCGCGGCUCUAGAUACUUCUGAGAAUUCAUCAGCACUAUAUGUUGUAAAUGUUGAAAGAAAUGGAAAAAUUAUUUAUACCUGGAAGGGAAGUCAGAGAAAUACUCAUAUUGGAUUGUACGAUCUUCAAACUAAACAAAAUGAGCACCUCUAUACAUUUGAGAAGGAUCUACAUAUAAUCAGCUGUUCGGUCAAUAAUGAAAGGACAUUAUUGGCUGUCAGCUUCCAUCAAUAUACAGAGGACGAAACAGCAAGUCAGCUAUUACAGUCAGUAUCCAAGUAUUUAACCCUGCUAAUUGAAAUUCAUCCCAUUAAUAAUGUGAGAGUCCUGAAGGCUGUGGAUAGCUGUGUUCGAGUGCAGUUUCUUUAUCCAGUUGAAGACAGAAAUGCUUCUACAGAAAGUCGCCUCUUGCUAGUUUCAGAAGAUAAAUAUAUUGAACAGUUUGACAUUCGUGUUGUUGCAGAAGAAGAACACAAAGUGGUGAUUCAAAAGUCAGGUCAGCUUCCAAGAGCCAAAGUUGCAGAUGAUCUCGUUUGGGCACAGUGGGAUAUGAUGGAACAGAGGCUCUUCUACAUUGUUCCAAAGGAAUCAAAGAGUACUUUAAGGUGUGUCCAGUUUUAUCCUGAUGAAAAUUUUAACUCAAUACUGGAAUCACACCUGGAUAUUUCUGUAAAUGACACACAAUUGAAACUUGUGAAUUUUGGAUAUGAUUACUGUCAAGACCAAGAUGUUGCAUCUAAAUCUUUGAACCUUCAGGUUUUUACAAGUAAAGCAGGAGGCUUGUGUGUGUGUUGUAGUCUAGCCUGUGAUACUCCUGAUGAAAUCAUGUACUCCAUAUAUUUUUUACAUAAAGGUUACAGCAAAACUUUUACAGUUUCUCUAGAAAGAACAGAAUCUCAUCAAUUGAAGGAAGUAGCUUUUAUGAAUCUUGACUAUUAUGUGGCUGCUUAUUUGCCUGGACAGUUCCUGCACCUCCUGAAUAUUCAACAUCCUGACCUGCUGUGCCAUAGUUUAUUUCUGACAGGUGAGGAUGCAAGAAUUGACACGUUGCAAAAUUGUUCCAUCCAAUCCCCACUCGUGUCAACAGUUUUGGAUUGCGAAGCAGGGAGUCUGUAUACUGUAAGCAUCAGUGACAGCACCUUGCUGCAGCUCCUACAGAAGAGCAAACGAGACAGUGAGAGAUUGGCAGCUCUACAUUGUGCCCUGCUCUACUUCCAACACACAGAAGAUUUGGAAAUGCAGAUUAUUCGGUGGAUUUCUGAGAACCUGUCGACAUGUCAUUCUUUUGACCCCAUUCAAGAAUUUAUCGUCGCCUCCCUGUACUGCAGAAUGUGUCCAGAAACUCAAAACCUGGAUAAACUUUUGCCCUACACAUCAUUGCUUGACUGGAUUGGGGUUGUGCCUGGAGUAAUAUGUGCAACAGACAUUAUUCCCCUACCUGUGUUAGAGUUCCAGAACUCCAAAGGAUUCUGGGAGAAACUCAACUCAAACUUGGAGAGUGUGAAGUAUGCAGAGCCACAGUUGCACUACCACAAUAAUGUGCUCAGGAGGGAAUGGCGUAACCUUUCAGAAGAGAGAGAAGAGAGAAGAACCACAGCAUAUUUGAGGAAUAUUUUUGAAAAUGCCAAAAAGGUGCUUUCUCAUCUGGACACUUGGGACUCUGAGGCGAGGCUCGUACCUCUCUUUGAAGAGGAGGAUUAUCAGCAGCAAUUACUAAUGGGACUGAUGGUUGCUCAGCUAAAGGAUCACCUUAUGAGACAUCUACAGUAUGUAGGAAAAAAGAAGAUUGACCAAAUAGUUUUGGAUUACGUUGCAAACCUGCUGAAUCUGAUACAUCGAAUAAUGAAAGAAGUUUGGAGGAGAUACCAGCUUCAUUCCUGCGUCUUCUGCUUUGACGAAAGAGGAAGUGCAGGAGAGUUUGCGGUGUUCCACAUCAUGAGUCGGAUUCUGGAAGCAGCAAAUGGCAUGUGCAUGCCUUUACCUCCUGGUUUCCACACUCUGCACUUGGGUCUCGGUGUUCGUUGUCUCCCUCUGCACACCCUCCUGCACUAUAUUGAUAUUGGAGUCUUGCAGUUGACAGAAACGUGUGUCAGGAAAUUACUGAAAGAUCUGGAUGACAAUGAACAGAAUGAAAAGCUGAAAUUAAGUAUUGUCAUGAGGCUUCCUGAGGCUCUUGGUCAAAAGGUCCGCCAGUUUUGGAAUCAUCCCAUAAAUGCGAAUUUAAUUGCACAGAAAUAUGUUAAACUUUUGCUCGAGAACCUGGGGAGCAGGCAGUGCAGCAGGUCUAUCCCUGAGAGAUUCUCAGUUCCUGUGGAGUUUUUGCCACUGAACUACCUGACGAGUAUGUUGACAGAGAUAGAGAAUCAAGGUGUGCAUCCAUAUGAAAAACAAGACCAUGUUAAUGCAAGAUUUGUAGAGGAAGUGGCACUCAAGCACACCAUGACGCUUUUGGGCCUCAAAUAUUUGUGAAAUGUUGUGCUGUUGAAGAAAUCUGUCGACCUGUGGUGCUUGUGUAAAAGUAUUCACUUAAAUGCCACGUUGUUUCCCAAAUCACCUGCAGUUUUGCGUAGCUGCUGGUACUGACAUGAGCUACUCAAAACAAUGUUUGGCCCAACAUACUAAGGUUGAAAUUACUGACUUCUAGAUAAAUCCUUGAAAAAUGCAUUUGACACAAACCCAAGUUUGAAAUGUAUCUAUAGUUUCAUUCUGAAGUCAUCAAGUAAGUGGAACGACAGCGGGUAUCAAAACAUGCUGUGAAAAUUGGUAUUAAUGGCACAUAUUUUAACAAUACAAUCCUGGAAAAGGCAGUCCAGUUGUACAGAAACAAGAACCAGUAACUGUUUACUCAGAUUAAUAAAAGGAUUUCUUGGUGUGAUUAUGUAAAGCAGGUAAGAAUAACAAAUCAGUUUUGUGUCAGGCAUCAGUAAUGAUGUAUUCUUUCCUUUUAGUGGUCAUCAGUUACCUUAUGGUACUUCUGCCUCUGGAGCUGCAUUGUAAUAUUUUCAGUUUUGUAAUUAACACAAAUAUCAUCUUCUUAAAGUGCAUGUGAUAGAUUUUGUUGUGGGUGUUUUGUCUGUUGGUUUUGAGGGUUUUUUUAAAGAUAUAUAUAAAAUAUUGUAAGCAAUACAGGAUAAGAACAAAGCUUUUGAAAUUUAUCUUAGCAGUAUCUUGGACAGAGUUUUACAUAAUUCUUUCUUACAACUUCUAGUGUUACAGUUCAAACCUCAGCUUCAGAAAGAAGCUUAUGGAGGCUGUUUUUCCUUUGUUUUCAACUUUUAUUUGUACAUUACUGAGCCAGUAUUGUUUGUUCUUUUGUUUUAAGUUCUGAACUGUGACAUUAAUUUAAAAUGGUAAUAGUGGUUUGCUAUGCAGAGAAAAUUGUCAAGUUCUGCCAUGCAGGAUUUUCUGCAGUCUUCAUUGGAUUUUACAACAUUGCUACAAAAUUUCAGCCUAUUAAACUAGAGAAACUCAUUAACAAUUUGAUAUAUUUUGGAGGUUCUGAAUAAUAACCUCUGAUAUUUUCUCUUAGUAGUUUCCACUGAUGCUUCCUCUUCCUUACCAUUGAAAUAAAAAGAUCUGGUUCCUGGGAGUGACUCUGCAAGUUCAUGGUCACUCUCUUGUCCUUGCCAUCAGUGAAGCUUUAGCUUUCCCAGUAACUGCAUAGUGGGAAGGAAUAUUUUUCUCAACAUAACUGGAAUUUCUCUGGGAAGUGUAAACUCCAGACUCAGACUGCAGAAAGCCAUGUUGGUGUGUAAGUGGUGGCCACUUUGUUCAUAUUAUAUUAAUAAGAGAAGAUUUUCUAGCCUUUUCUUUUUAAUGAAAUGUAUUACAACAUAUCCUCAGAUGCAAUAAAACUCUACCUGGAAAAAAAAUGCAUAGCAUGAUGACCACUAACUUUUCUUAACACUUUAAGAUACUGCACUCCAUUUGGGAUAUCAGGAGAAGAGGCUUUGGAUCACCGACUAGUUAACUGUGCUUCUGGCAUGAAAAUAUACUUUGUUUUUCAAUAUGGAAUUUGGCUGAACACUAACAGACCUUCCUUCAGUGGAGUGUAAAUGCUGCUGACCCUUAGGAUUCAGCAGCUAGAAUGGCUUCUCCUGCUUCAGGUGCUGUCUGUUGAGGUUUCAGAUGGCUGUGCAGUAGAUUUGCUGAAAUGUCUCCGAUCUGAACUGGAUUCACUUGGUCUGAGAGGAGCCACAGCACCAUGGGGCCUUGGGAAUGGGAGACUCUGUUUCUCAUCUGGGAUCGAGGUGGUUGGGCAUUGUUGGGCUGUUGUGUGGGCAUGGCCAGGCACUGCAUCUUGUUCCUGUCAGAGAAACACAGUGUGAUCACAUAGGGAUUGUGUGCUUUAGAACUCCAGUGCUCUCCUGAGCCAAUGUACAGAAUCUGUGACAAAGGAAACCCCAUUAGUCUAAUCCUUGGCAAGCCAGGAAAGCUGGAGGGGUAUUAAA